GGCGCAGUCACUGCGCACGCGCUGGAAGGCAGGGCCGGCUGAAGGAGCGACGGAAAAGCGAGACUCUACCGGUAGCUGGCAACCCUGGAAGACCCGGAGCCUGCGGAUCGGCCGGAAGUGCCUGAGGACGAUGAGGAUGAUGAGGAGGCAUUGCCACAUUCCGAGGCCGUGGACGUGUUCCAAGAAGGUCUCGCCAUGGUCGUGCAAGACCCGCUGCUCUGCGACCUUCCGAUCCAGGUCACUCUGGAAGAGGUCAACUCUCAGAUUGCGCUGGAAUAUGGCCAAGCCAUGACAGUCCGAGUGUGCAAGAUGGAUGGAGAGGUAAUGCCUGUGGUCGUCGUGCAGAAUGCCACGGUCUUGGACCUGAAGAAGGCUAUCCAGAGAUACAUGCAGCUCAAGCAGGAGAGGGAAGGGGGCAUCCAGCACAUCAGCUGGUCAUAUGUGUGGCGGACCUACCAUCUGACCUCAGCUGGAGAGAAGCUCACAGAGGACAGGAAGAAGCUCAGAGAUUAUGGCAUCCGGAAUCGAGAUGAGGUUUCCUUCAUCAAGAAGCUUAGACAGAAGUAAACCCCAGACAGAGUGACCCAACCCUUCAGCAAGAUGGCACCAUUCCCUUGUCCCACAGGAAAGGGAGUUGGGGUAGCUGCAUCCCUGGAUUGCCUGGGUGGAGCUGUCAGCGGGAGCCCUGGAAUCCUCGAACAUGGAAAGUUCCUCUGUCCCUCGAUUUCCUAUGAACUCUGCCUGAAGAUCCUAUAUGGUUGUGUGCCUGGCCUACAAAAUAAACCUGUUUGCUUUGUA